AAGAAAAAGAGGAGCUAAAGCACUUGCCUGGGACCCAUGCCGUGUCUUCUCAGCUACCACAUAAUUAUUUGUUUUCCAUCUUUCUCCACUGCAAUAGUAAUUUUACUUCUUCUCUUAGCUAAUGCAAUUAAUUAAAACCCAAGUCCCAAAUCAAAUCUCUCCCUCUGAAAUUAUGCACCCAAUUUAUAUUGAUUUUCUUUUAUAACAAAGGAAAAUAGAAAAAGAAUUUUCAUCAUAGUGGUACGAUGUCAAGUGAGCAAAGAUUAAGGGAAGUAGGAGAAGGAACAACAUCAACUAUUGCUAACCAUCAUCAACCACCCCAACUGAGCAGAUAUGUGUCUCAAAAACGUCGUGAUUGGAACACUUUCGGACAAUACUUAAAAAACCAUAAACCCCCAGUUCCUUUAUCCAAUUGCAACUACAACCAUGUGUUACAUUUUCUCCGCUACUUGGAUCAAUUCGGAAAAACUAAGGUACAUUUACAUGGUUGUAUCUUUUUUGGAGAAUCCGAGCAAACAGAGUCAUGUACUUGUCCUCUUAGACAAGCAUGGGGAAGUUUAGAUGCACUAAUUGGAAGGCUUAGAGCUGCUUAUGAGGAAAACGGUGGAUUGCAAGAGACAAAUCCAUUUGCAAAUAGUGCUAUACGAAUUUAUCUACGUGAGGUAAGAGAUUCUCAAGCUAAAGCAAGGGGAAUUUCCUAUAAGAAGAAGAAGAAAAAGAAGAGGAAAAUCCAAAUUAAUUCUAGUAACAACAACGAGACAGCUGCUGCAACCUUUCAGUUGCAUUAAUUCUUCUUGAUGCCUAAUUCUCAAGAGGAAAAUAAAAAAUGGUUAAAUUUCUUUCUUUGAUAAUAAGAGGGCUGCUUUGAUUUGCUUUUGCAGAUAUGGUAACAGUUCCAAUACUACGAGGAUUAAUUGACUUCAUAUAGUAUGAAGUAAGGAUGUAAAAUAUAUAUACGUUCUACAUAAAAUAUUCUGAUUAAGUUGUUUCUCUAUGCUUUCUUGGAUAUAUCAUUGAAUUAGCUUCGGGAUGUGAGUGUGAGCCCUAAAUUGGAGUUUUUAAAACCCUAAAAGUUUUGACAGCUUCUACUGGUUAUUCUGGAUUAAAUUAAACUUUGAUCUUCUAUACUUGAA